AUGGAUUAUUAUGGGGAAAAUAAUGAGAUUGAUGAAGAAGUAGAGGAGGAAAACUUGGAAGAAGGCGACGAAGAGGAGGAGGAAGGAGAUGCAUGGGACGAUAGCGCAUUAAUUGCUGCUUGGGAUCUCGCUGUAAAGGAAUUUCAGGCAACUAGUCGUAUUGAAGUCCUUGAAGAUUUUCAUAGUAUCAAAGCGAACACCAGCAAAUCAAGUGCGGAAAAUGAAAACAUAUCCGAUACAACGCCCAGGUCAGUUAAUAUAACUGAAGAGAACACGUUCGAAAGUUUCGUGCAACCAGAUACAUUUGACGAAAGUGAAGAUGCCACCACAUCUGAAUCCGUUAAGAAAGAUAUAAUCAAUGAACAAAAGCGAAACGUGCAAAAAUCGCCUGAACCAAAUUCUAAACCGUCUAAACCUCAACCGGAUAACGGUGCCAAUCCUACCGUAAAUGAUCCCAAUAUUUCAUUUCCUCCACCAAAGGCACCAGUUCCAAUUCCAGGAUUUGAUGAUGAAGCAUUGUCUAAUUUAAUAAUGGCAUGGUAUUAUUCCGGGUAUUAUACAGGUCUUUAUCAGGGACGAAAGGGAAGGUGA